UUCUAUGUAAACUCAACAUGUCGGCUGUCCCACCAGAGAAGUAAAAUGUAGUGCAUAAUCAAGGAGUUUCGUAAAUCGUGAAUAAAACUUUCAAGAACUUAUAAACAACGAAGUCAUUUCCGUGUGAUUUUUUUGAGUGAUUUGUUUCCCGAAAAGAUAGCAAGUCAUUUAAUAAUUCUGUUUCGUUAUGUACUGUCAAAUAUGCCAAGGUCUAUUUUGAGUUUGCAUUGAACUAAAAUACUUUCAGGACAAGGAAAAAAAUUGGACAGAAAUAGUUUGGAGGCUUUUCUGUUUACUUUACUUAUUAAGGGAAUUGUAGCACCUGUGUUGAUUACCAAGUGUCAAAAUUGCGAAACGUAUUUGUGUGGACUGGUAGUGCAAACGAAUGACGUAUGCUCUUGGCGUGGUAGAACGGCAGGAACUUGUAUUUCAAUAGCUAUUAAUUAUCAUAAAUGUUGCCUAACCAUGCUAGGAAACUCAAUACGUAUAACAGCCCAUAUAACAGUAUCGUGCGUGCUAUUGUGUAGUUUACUUUUAUGUAGUGCAAAGACAGAUAUUGGAAAUGCACAAGAAUCAUUCAGCAGACUUUCCCGUUCUGAACCAGCAACAGACGUCAAAUUGCAUGAAGAAAAACAGAAGUCAUCUGUAUCUGUCAGACCACCAGCACAAGACAAGAAAAAUAAAGAUGUCACUCCGCCUACGAACGUUUCACAUGCCAACAACGUGACAGUAACUGAACAAUCUGCUGGUGAACAGCCUGGUGGCAGGCCACAACGUAACUUGAAUUCCGGAGCUCUGUUACGAGGGUUUUCAGUUUUUGUUGGUCUCAGCGCCAUUGUCGUGAUAUAUAUUGUAAUAAGGGCGAUAAGUAUGAGAAGAAAGAAAACUACAGUCAGAAAAUAUGGGAUUCUGACAAACAGAGAAGAUGUGGAAAUGACCCCUCUAGGAGCAGAUGAUGAUGAAGAGGACACAACUCUAUUUGAUGUUAGUAACCAAACGAGGCCAUAAUGAUACACAUGAGUUGUGACGGGUUUUCUCAGUAAAUUUACAUAAACAUCUGUGAGACUGGAGUGCUAACUUGCUGCCACUUCUUCAUGUUAAGAGGUUUUGUGCAUUUCUUAAAGUGACUGCAGCUGUUUCGUCAGUGAUAUGGAUGACUGUUAUGAAAUGCACGUUGACCAGGCUACUUACAAAGAGAGAACUAUUUUAGUGCGUGUUGUUCUGCAACUCUUUUCCUGUCAUGCAGUAUUUGUUUACCUGUCUGCAUUAAUGGUUUACCUUAAAUAUCUCUGAGAAAAAUAGUACUCUCAGAUAAUGAAAAAAGAAAAAAAGAAGGGGGGAAAAGCUUUUUGUUGAAAAUGACAAUUGUGUAAGUGUGGAGAUAAAGGAUAACAUGACUGGUAAAAUCUGUAUUUCAAAAUGGUGGACAACAUACUUAAUUCUGCCUUUGACAAAGUAACAUUAACUAACAUUUACAAUAUUUAGACUGAAUAAUCAUUUAUUUACUUUUUAUCCAUUUCAACUGAUAAAUUGGCCUAAUGCUUCUGAAAUAGAGGAAAUGCUGUGAAAUUUUUGAUCUGUCCCAUGUUCAAAAUAUGGAGAUGUGGAAGUUGCUUCAGUCAGACAACUGGCAAAAUUUUAGAUACAUAUUUUUU